GUGAGAGGCUGAACAAUACAAACCGUAUGAAAGCAUCUCCUUGGGGCAAAGAGCUUUGAUAAAAACAUAUCUACACGGCUGCUGCCAUCAAACACAUACAAUGUCACUGACUUGUUGUUUCUUCUUCAUCCCAGGUUUGGUCGUAGCUGCUGUCAUGGCAGAUGUGACAACAACAAACACAGGAUUGAUCACAAUAAAAGAAGACACCAUCUUCAGCAGUGACAACAAUAACCUUUCCAGUGUAGAGGCCUCCACCAACACCACUAACACCAAUAUCACCAGCACUAUUAACCCCAAUAUCACCAGCACCACCUCCAUGACCAACAGCAUCAACAGCCCCGGUAUCUCCAACACCACAAGCAACAUCAACAGCGUUACCAUGUCCCCAACCAUAAAGCAGAGAGGUGGUGAAACCACCGGCAGAGGCAGAGCCGCACAACAGCCCACAAAGUCCUUUACUACACCAAAACCCAGUGUUCAUAGAAGAACACCUGCCAAAACAACCACUGCCGCACCUCAGACUGAAGGAGACACAGUUGGUAUCGUCAUCUUCAUUGUGAUCAUACUUAUGGCUGUAGGAUUUGGAACUGCUUGCUACUUUUUACGAAAACGAGGAAAAAGCUACUCUGUUGACAUCCUCUCCAGACAAGAUGACGUCAACAUCCCUCUCAGCACUGUGGAGCCCGAGUUGCCUGCUGAUACGGUGCCUCAGAACGGACUGCAAACUUUUGGAAGUAGAGACACUGCUACAGAAGAGUCCCAACACACAACACAAGAGGAAAAACCUGACGGGCAAGAGGAACAGAAACCUGAGGGUGAGAAAUCUGUUGAUCCCAGGCCUGAGUCUGCAGCCCAAUUUCCUUCUCCAGACAGUUCUGAGGACAAAGCCAAAGAGGACGUUGUUGAGCAGAGUCUUCUUGCACCUGUGCAGCGAACCAUGGACGAGAAAACCAAUGAUGAAGGAGACGUCUCCAACCAGACCUCAGUGGAAUCGCUGAAGGAAACAAACGAGAACAACAGCAACAACGCUGACGUCAGUCUGUGGAGAGAUCUGAAGUCAAGCAGCAUCUUCUGGAACAUUCCCCUUGACUGUCCUGUGUGACUCGCUGCUCCUUUCCUUUUUCGCAAACCUUUGACUGGAGGGGAAAAAAGACUCAAACAGCUGGAAGACGACUCCGUUUACGCCAUGUGGGAAACUUAAUUCCUGUCAGAAUUUGCAGCUUUUUCCAAAUUAAAUGUCAGUUGAGAACAGAAUUUGCAUGUAUUGAAUGAAAAGUGUUUUAAACACCUAUAGAUUCAUGCUUUGGUACAAUUUUGCAAUAUGUAAC